GAAAGAGCGCCGCACCUCGGCGGUCGCCCGGCUUCCCCUCUGGACUGUCUCCUUGCCGGCCCUGCUUGCAGUCUUGCGCUCCUUUAUUUUCUGAGCCCAUUUCGCCUCCUUCUCGCGCUCGUCUGCGUUAACAUCUGGCGAAAGCAGCUGAGAGAGAGAGAGAGAGGGAGGGAGGGAGAGGGAGGGAGAGGUUUGUGCAGCCCUCUCGCGGCCGCUCGAAGCAUUGCUCGGAUCUGGAAGUGCGACGUCUCCGCCAUUUCCCGCGAUGAGAGAGUGUCCCUUCUGAAAAAGAGAGCCCGUGAACCAGACCACGGAGAAGAUGAGGAAAGUUGGAUUGAAAGAGCAACAGUCUCAAGAACCUUUACCUUGGACAGUGUAUGACUAUGAUGUUGCACCAAUUCAGCAGUGAAGACAUCCGCUUUUGAAAUGCAGCUGAAGAAAAUGAGGGAAGUCUUACCAACAUUGUAUGCCAGCCAAGUGAACAACGGCCAUAGCUCAUUGACCAUAUCCCCAAAGCAAGGCAAUGUUGCUAAAUCAAAUCCAAUGAGAACCAAUGAUAAAAACAGUAGCUUUGGUUAUCAAAAGACUGAGGAAACGGAAUUGCAUUUGAUAACUUGUGUUAAAUGCAGGUGUGUGGAAGAGGCCUCAGUGCUGGAAUUACUGAAAGAAAGAUGCCAACGAGGUCAAGAUGACCACUUUGUCUGUAACAAGUGCCAACCAAGUAUGUCAUCCAUUCUCAAUUUUGUCAUUGAUCCCACAGGUGGCUCUGGCCCUGAAGACAAAGGGAAAAUGUCCCUGAGUAAAACUCUGAGAAUGUUCAAACUAAAAAACUUUCAGCCAAACAAAUAUUAUUGUGACAAAUGCAGAUUUUCCACUAAGAAUCCUCUACAAUAUAAGAAGCAUUUGGCUCAACACAAAGAGGUUAAAUUCAUCUGCUCCCAGUGCAAGUGUGUGUCUUACACGAGAGGGGAGUUCCAACGACAUAUGGUAAAACAUACUGGACGAUUUCCAUACCAGUGUGACUACUGUGAAUAUGGUACUGUCAGGCAUGAUUAUAUAGUCAAACACACAAGAAGAUCACAUGAAACAGUUGCUGAUGAGCCAAUAAUGCUUACAGCUGCAAAAGAUGAGGAAAAAACAAAUUGUUUGCUAAACCAAAACCCAGUGCGGAAGGCACUUGCCAAGGGAACUCCACUGCAGAAGAAAUCUUCAGGUUUAAAUAUAAUGACUUUUGAAAUUCAGGAUGAUAUAAGUGAAGCUGUUAAUUCAAGAUGUGAUACUGAGUGUAGUCAGCGUAGUACAUGCGUACUACAGCGUACUCAGGAUACAUGUACAGAUAUUUCAUCUGAUGUCAAAAUCCAGAAAAAUGUAAAUGCAAUAGUUGAAGUUGAAGUGUAUUCUCCCCACAAAAGUAAUAUAAUGCCUGAAAUGCCUUUAACAGUGGUUGCACCACCAAAAUUUGUUGUUCCACCUAAUUGUUUGGCACAAAUUGUGGAACUAAAAAAUGUUAAUGGUACACAGCAUUUGAUUCUUAAACUCAUUCCUCUACGAGAAACCUCCUUUAUAUCUAAUGAAUAUAAAGAAACAGAACAAGGAGAAAAGAUAAACAGAUGUAUGUCACCAGCCCAUGAAGAACUUAAUGCAUUAGAGAAUGAAUAUCAGAAUUCUGAAUGUUCAAGUUUCUCUAGUUCUACUUCUCUAAAUUGCAACAUAGUAAAUUUACAACAGGAAAGCAUUAUUUGUAAAGAAAAUAUAGAAAAUGUGCAUGAUAUUUCAUCAUCUGUAUCAGUAUCUGAUGGAAUAAAUUGUCUGGAACAAUUUCAAAAGAAAGCUUGUGCAGAAAAUAAACAUACAAACUAUAAUCUGGAACCAUCUGUAUGCCUAGCUUCUUCAGCUGAAGGCAAGGAUGUGUCUGAAAAUUACUUUUUUGAUGCUGUUCAAGAAAAUAAUAGGGUACCACCCUCUGUAAUUGAUAAAAUGCGACCCACUUUAAGUAAUGUUGAAGAAGAACAUAGGAAUGACUUUAAAGUAGCCUCAAAAAUGCAUUUAGUGGAUUCCAGUUUGUCUUACCCCUUGGAAACGGUUGAAGAAACACAACAGAAUAACUCUCCACCUAUGAAUGAUUCAAAAAAUGGCUUAGGGGUAGUAAAUGGAGAAAAUGUGAAAAACAAAUAUAACCAUAUGGAAUCUGCAGAGGAUGUGAAAGAUGUAAGUGAGGCUUUAGAGGGUCCUGUUAUUUCUUCUGUAUUUUCCCUUAGUGCAGGUGCUGUAAACAUUCCAGAAGGCAUCAGAUGGGAUAAUGGCAUAACUAAGAAAAACUCUACAUCAUUGUUGUGUAGAAAGAUUGCUCAGUUGAUGUCUGCAGUUGAAUCAAACAUGAAAUCACAAUUAGCUGCUUCAUUAAGGCAGCACAAGAGUCAGGAUACAAAAGACAAGGUGCUCUCAUCUUCAGAAGAAAAGAAUGAGGGAAAUGACUUGACUACUGAAGUGCAACAAGAGAUUAUCCUGUGUCCUCAAAGAACAAAUGAGGCCUCCUCUUCUAAUCAAUUCUCCAAUAAGAAAGAGCAAGAACAACCAGUAGAAACACUUAGAAAUGCUGUAAUGAAAGCCAGAGUGGCUAACAAAAUGUGUGUUGCUUCUCCAGUGUUCAUUCCUCAAGGCACUGUACUGAAGGUGUUAAAUUCCACUAGUACGGAGGGUUCAACUGAAAAAGAAAAUGGGAAUGGAAUGUUCCCAUAUUCAUCUAUGUAUUGCAAUCAGACUUUUCUCCCAAGACCAGUUCCUUGCUGUAUUUCUGAGAGACCUGCUAAAGACCUUUCUCUGCUAAGUGGGAAUGAAACUAAUGAAGCUUCUAGAAAACAGAGAGUAUCAAGUAGAAACGCAACCAAAAGACAGUCUGUUGUGAAGAGUAACAGUCAGCAAAAUAGAGUAUUACCACACCCAAAAUGCAAUGAACUAAACAUGCCAAACAAAAGAGACAUUAAGGGUGAAGAGCCUCAACACAAAAGCAGGCAAUUAUAUCCCAGGGAGAACUUGUACAAGAAGAGGCCAAGAACUCCGGAGGAUUGCUUCCUUAAGAUAGUUCCUGAUUUAAUGAGACGCCUUAGGAUUAUACCAUUUAAAAGUGAUCAGCUGAUAAAAUGCCCUCAUCGCAAUCAGCCGGUAGUUGUCCUGAACCACCCUGAUGUUGAUUCACCAGAAAUAAUUAAUGUAAUGAAAGUUAUUAAUAAGUAUAAAAGCAAUGUUCUGAAAGCUGUUUUGUCAGAAAGAACUAUUAAUUGUCUUGGUGAGAGACGACAUAAAAAGCUCAUGUUUCAGAAUUUUGAUACAGCAAGUGAAAUAAAGAAACAAAGCACAUUAAAAAUGAAACUAAAGAAGAUCCAUAAAAAUAGCUAUAAAGUAGUGAAUUCUUCACCUUCAGAAGCAUCAAAACUCACUUUCAAGUGUUGGUUUUGUGGCAGGACAUAUAUAGACCAAGAAGAAUGGAUAAGUCAUGGACAGAAGCAUUUACUGGAAGCUACAAGAGGAUGGGAUAUUCUUUCCCUCACACUAGAAAGUGAAAAUUGAAGAACUGCUUGAUCUUACAAAUUUGAAUUAUGAUGCACUGUUUUACAGAACAGUCUAGGGAGUAAUUUAGUUCAGCAGCAUAGUAGAAUUAUGUUGGAGUCUGCACAUCAUUUUUGUUUGCUUUAGGUCAGUGCAUUAGCCAUAGAAGAUAGGUGGUUGUUUAAUAUCCUGCUACUUUUUACAAUAGAAACAUUUUCCUGUGUCAGUGGAAUGGUACAAAAGUAAGAAAAUGUGAGGAUAGAACAAAACUACAAAUAUAUAGGCUGAAAGCAUUGGCUACACUGGCCAACUCCAUGCCUCUGGGAAGCCCACAAACAAAAGGGAAUAGCUGGGAAGUACCAGCCAGUGCUAAAAAAAGCAUACUGGUUGCAAAACCCACAGGCUUUUUCUAAAUGAAUUUGCUUAAUGCCUCUUUUUUUUUUUUUUUUCAAUUUAUAUCCUGCCUUUUUCCUACAAAGGGCUCAAGGCAGCUUACAUCUCCUCCUCCAUCUUAUCCCCACAACAACAACCCUGUGAGGUA